GUACGAACAUGUUUUGUGAGUGCACAAAUUUAUAGAACAUAAAACAUGAAUUACAAAAGUGUUUUUAGUCAUCAAGUUCCCGAAAACGCAGAGUGUACCCGCAACUAACAAACCUGCACUAAAACUAAACAAUAGCAAAAUCGAAAAAGAGGUGAGUGCUGUCUUUUAUUUUAAAACACUGUAACGGAUUUCUCGCUUAAUCUUUUACCCUAUAACUCACUCUUGAGUUCGAUCACUGGAUUGUUAAAUAAAAGGCCCAAUUUAAUGGCUAUACACUUAUUUUUAUUUCUAAUUCCAACAACUUAACACUUAUUGCUCGGAUUUGAGGCUACAACUUCUUGCUUAUGUCUCAAUUGCUGUCUAGUUGCUUCUGGCAAUUUAUCGUCGGUUCGAUUUUCUUCUAUCAUCCAUGAUCGUCACACUGGCCUGGACCUAAGUCUGAUCGUCCAGAUAACACACAUUUGCGGUACCAAACGCAAAGCUUUUAUGUCCCCCAUCUCGCCUUCUACGCUGGUGUUAUAUUCCGUAGCCGUCCUUCUCUUCUUGGAGUCAAUUCCGUCUGUCUGGCGGAUACCCAGUUUUGAUACAGCCCUUGACUUAAAGCUGACUCGAGAUCCCAUUCUUGAUCAGAAUGUAACUCCAUUGUAUCACCGAAUCUCGUGACCCACUUGUUGAUGAGUGCGUCCACCACUGCUUCAGCCUCUUGAUUAGAAAUUGUGUACAUUUCUUUGACUACCAAAACAUUAUUAUUUCCUAAUAUAUAGGGGUGAAUUGGACUAUCUUCAUUCACGCCUAUUCGCUCCACUGGCGCAUCCGAAUUGUACUGCUUCAUCUGGCCAUGACUCCGGGACCUCGAUUUCUUAGCUACAAUGCAUUCAGGUUUUCGUGAUCCUCAAGCGCCCUCCUCUUUGACCUUUGUACCACACGUUAAGAACUUUAGGAAUUCUAGCCUUUGGUACAACCAUAAGUACUCGGGAGGUUUGCCCAUUUUCGCUUUUUCAUACUCGAUGCAAGCAGCCACACACUAACUUUAAACUGCUCCGCUCUGCCCAAUAUGCUUUAGCGGCUUUCUGAAUUUUUUUCUCCAUUCGUUGUACAUUGGUUCAACUCCAUUUCAUGGAUUACACUUUUAAAUUCGGGAAUUUCAGGUUUAAUUGUAGACUGCUCUUCCACCUGUUCUGGUCUACACGCUUCUUGCUCUUCUGACUGUGAGAACCCUUGUGAGCACACCUGCGCUGACAUACUCACGUCCAGAACUUUCGACUGUGAUCACCCUUGUACUGGUUCACACGCUUCCUCUUCUUCCUCGGUUGAACAUUGAGUAUCAUUCUUUUCUUGUACUCUCGUUGUUUCUCCCUCUAAUUCCAAUUGAAACACAUAUUCGUAAACAUUAACGUUUUCUGCAUCCAUAGCCUCUCGUAAACGUGACUGUAAGUCGCACUUUACUCGUUAUUCGAGCUUUUUUCUUAUGUCUCAAUUGCUCUUAACACGAUAACACUCUAACUAGAACUGGGUGUGCUGCACAGUCUUACAGCAAUUGGAUAGAGUGAGAAAAACAUUGAAUAUCAAUUGGCGGUGUGUUACUUUUUUCUCACUCUCUGAACCAAAGUAUCAAAUAUUAACUUAUGCAGAAGGGAACAAUAAUAAACGAUUAAAACUUUAGAUCGAUAAGGUAUCACUGGUUAUUUGACAUUUUGCAACCCUUUUGUUAUUUUCAGAAUUUAUUGAAUUAAACUGUUUUUGCACUAUAUAUUGUAAAGUGAAUGUGUACAAAUGGAUAAGUGAAGUGUUAAAUGAUAUAAAAGUUAAGAAUUUAAGUGCAUAAUUUAUUUUAAAUCGAAAAAAUACGUACUUUAAAUAGUUGAUAUUUUAAAUUUUAAACGUAAAUAGCUAGAAAACUAUAAGUUUCCCGCGGCUAUAUUUACAAAUAUUUUUGAUCUGGAGGAUCUUCUCUGUCCGCUCAUACCCAUUUUAUCCCGAAAGCCUGGGACGGUAUAUUAAAGCCGACUCAAAACGUUUUAUAACAGAUAGCCAUCUUGCGAAGGGGUUUCUUUCAUUUCAGAGCUACCUAUUUCAAAUUUACGUUUGACCGACUACGGUAACACUGAAUAUAGUACCCUAGACUUAAAUGAUAUCGAUUAUUUUGUGAACAUAUGGCUUAAAGUCAGAAAAUUAUUCGUGAGUGAUAAAUUAAAAAAAAAAAUAAAUUUCCAAUUCAUGUAAUGGUGAUGUGGGUUGUUAUUAAUAUCUUUUUUUUGUGAUGUUUUCGUAAACUAAACUUAAUCAGAAUUAUGACGAACCAGUUGACACGGUAUAAACAAGAAGUCCGAAAGCAAAAUGUUUAUUAUUAUAAAGGAGUAACUGCUGACCUAGCCGUGGAUAGAGAUAGUUCCUCAUCAAGGCACGCAUGGUCUAAAAGCAGUACAAUUCCAAAGGUUGGUGUACUUUUCGUUGCCAUUUGCUUCCUUCUAUAUGUUUUAUGGGGGACUUUGAAUGUUACUAUUGCUGACUCUACCGAGAGCAAUCUCUCAGAUGAGACAGUGCACGCUCGGUUUAACGAGUCUUAUCUAGUUUGCAACGAGGUCUUUAUUGACCGUCGAGUUUUUGUUCACGACCGUGCACUCCGUGAUUAUGAAUCUUUACCUAUGAUAUAUUUCGUGACGCCCACGUAUCCUAGACGAGAGCAGAUACCUGAACUCAUUCGGUUGGCAUAUACACUACUACAUGUACCACGUAUUCAAUGGAUUCUUGCAAAUGAUCACAAAGCAUGCAAUGCUUAUAUUGAUGGUUUACUCAAAAGAUUUGGGUUACCUUUUACGCACUUGGCAAGUCCAAUGCCAGCAUCUUACCGCAAGAAAAAACCAAUGCCUCGUGGUGUAGCGAACCGUCGGGCAGCAUUACAAUGGUUACGACAGCGAAAUAUCACAAACGGAAUUCUCUACUUUGGCGAUGAUGACAAUACAUAUGAUUUAAGGCUAUUCUCUGAAAUAAGAGAUACACAACGAGUUUCUAUGUUUCCUGUGGGACUAAUUGAAGAGUACUCCGUAAGUGGACCAGUUGUACGGAAGGGAAAGGUAGUUGGAUUUCUAGAUUCUUGGGUAGCAGAAAGGCGUUGGCCAGUGGAUAUGGCAGGAUUUGCAACGAAUUUGGCAUAUAUGGCUGAGUAUCCAAAUGCUAGUAUGCCUUAUAAACCGGGCUAUGAAGAAGACCUUUUUCUACGCAGUAUCCGGUUAAAUUUAAAUAUAAUUGAACCUAAAGCUAAUAACUGCACAGAAAUACUAGUUUGGCAUACACAAACGAAGAAUCGUGAGCGAACUACUCUACGUAUUAACAACAAAUAUCUCGACGAUCGGUCGAAUCUUGGUAUACUCAUAAGAUCAUUGGAUGCAAUGGGGAUCGCGAACUCUUCAGAUAACGAUGGACGAAGGGCUGUUAUAAGUAAAAAUGGAAAAGCUAAACCAUUAAGCUAUUUUUUAAGCUAAAACUACUAAAAUUUUUUUUACCAUAUUAAAGAAUAAAACCUAUUAUUUCUAUCGAGGGCGGUAAACUUAUUUUAACGAUCUUUCAACAUUCCCAUCUGAUUUAUGUUACGAUUUGCAAUCUCUUGUGGUCUAAAAAUUGGAAAAGUCCCUGGGUCAGCUUGUCAUAGUUUUUAGUGAUUUGUUACAUUAUUUUGAUAUAUCUAUCAAUCAAUCUUUUAAAAACGCUAAAUAAUAUAGUCAGUGAAUAUUAUUCCAUGCGAUCUCAAAAUGCAUACGUCAUGACUUUACCAGUUAAUCGUUGUAUAUUGCAACUUAAUUUUACGUUCAUUCAAAAUCUAUUUAUGAACAGCCUCUGUACGUAAUAAAACUUGCUGUCAUUACUUCGAUGCACAUAUGGCCUGAAAAAAGGCAGAACUCGCAUAACCCUCAUAGAUACAGUGAUUCCUUAAUACACAAUAUGCCUACUUCGUCUUUCAAAUGCUCAAUCUUGUAUCAGUCAAAAUGAUAUACCUCAAGAAUCAAUUACCCGGAUUUUGUGAAAUGUAACUACAAAAAAUCUACAAUCCAAAGAAGUGUCACUUUUGCAUAGAAAGCUGUGAACUUUUUAGCUUGCGUGGUGAUUUUUCGUGUAAAAGGGUUAAUGAGAUUAAAUUUUCAAUAAACUUUUAAAAAUAUUUAAUAUAUUGCCAUAAUGCA